UCGGCAGCAGCAGCGGAGGGCCGGCGGCUGGCGCGCUGGUCUGCAUGACAGUCACGGCCAGCAAGCAACGACGGGCCACCCAGCGACGGGGCUUGACCUUACUUUCUGAGCCUGCAUAAAGAAAAGGUAAGUAUUUUUACCUCAUAUUGGAGCCACAUUAAGAACAUUUCGAGGGUUUGUAAGUAUACGAGCGAGAUCCAUGCGAGUAUGAGCGAGAUGGGAGAUACGUAGAUUUAUAUGGAAGUUUCUAGGCUAUGUCGAGAGAAUGGACUGGAGAGGAUGGAGAAGUGCUCUUAUUGUUAAUUGUGUUGUCGUAGCAAAUAAUAUGAAGCAGUUAGUUUGGACAUAUUUUAUCGUGAAACCACAUCUCGUACCGCAACAUAUGAUUAUUCACAAAAAUACUGAAAAUACAAAAAAAGGAUUAGGAAAUGUUCAACGGUGGUCUUGCACAACUACCAUAUUUUCAUUAUUAAACACAGACAGUUAAGAUUACGAAAAAAAAAUCCAUAUGUUCUUCAGGGACUAUAUAUUGCUCUAUCAAAACAUCAACUUAGUCUAUAUAUUUACUUACAUGCGACUGUAGACGAAAAUAAAGCUAUCAGUGAACAAAUACAAAGAGCUGACUGCACGGGGCGCCUUAAUACAGAAAAGAGAUACCGGAAUGUAGGACAGCAUACGGAGAUGGUUCUAGGGUUGAAGGAAAGAAAAGGAGAAUUUCUUGAAUUCGGACCGAGUAAAUGCACUGAACUUCCUCGUCAGAUAAAGGUCACUCACUGAUGAGCUACUGAGAUAACACAUAUAGGAAAACCGUAAAGUACUACGCGCAAUCUGGCGAAGAGAAGCAGCGAGACAAGACGUUCCUUGAGGCCCCAGAACCUGCAGUGUAAUGAAGGAAGGAAAUUUGUUUCUCUGGAUCAGACUUCCAUUACCGGGAAGGGUCUGACAGCAGGGUGUAUAGGAUACACACACACACACACACACACACACACACACACACACACACACACACACGGGAGAAAGAUUGAUGGAAAUCUUAUCUUGAAUUAUUUUUAUUAUUAUCUCCUCAGACUAUCUUCUGUCUUUCCAGAGUGAGACCACGGGCGGACGGGUGAGCAAGCAGCAUUACAUUACCAGCAGCGCAAUGGAGGCUGCAAACAGAAGGGGAAGGGAUCUGCAUCUCUUGAGAACGCGGACAUCCUCCACCAUCCAGCCUCCACCCUCCGCCAUCGCCCUCGCCUCCACCCACCAUGACCCAAGCACUUUGCACAAGUGUGUGAGGGUGGUCUGUCGGAGGGCCAUACGCGAGGUGGUGAGAGAACUUUACUCCGAUGAACGGAUGAACACUUCCUUUGGGACCAUGCCGGUGGCUGAGCGGUGUAAGCGAAAUGACUCCUUACCUAUCCUGAGCCCCGUGCACCGCCCCCUCUUGCACUGCAACAUUAUGGAAAACGACUUCGAUGUGUGCUUUGGAUACGAAGUGCUGACAAAAGUGUGCGUAGGAUUAUACUUGAGGCUGAGUGAGAAAUGUAGGGCAGGCAUUAGAAAACUGUGCGAGCUGGUGACGGAGGUGGUGCUGGGGCAUGCCGAGGGCUGGGUGGACGCCGCCCCUCUGCUUCGCUCGUUCCGCCUGGCUCUGGAGGCUGUGUACAAAGGGAUCAGUCAAGCUUUCCACGAGGAGUUUUAUGAUAGGCUGCAUGUGACAGAGCAUGAGAUAGACAACAUUCUGGCCAGCGAGGAGCACGUUAACGAGGAGUGUGUGCUGAGCGAGGAUGAUAUUGAAAAGUAUCGAACUCUGAGGAUGGCAGUGAAAGGCUAUCAAGAGUUAGAAGAACAGUACCAGGCCCUGUGGAACCUCAAUCCAUUUGCCUGGGAAGAGAGAGAAAGACACAAUGAGCUGAUAAAAUCUGAUCCCUCAUACUUCCAUCUGGCAAACAUUUUUACUGAACCAGACAUAAAGAUUGGCGAAGAAACGGUUCCUUUGAAAAACCUACUGUCCCGAGCAGAGGCGAAGCAGAAAGAACAGGGUGGUGCCCCUGCUGCGUUGCUUCUGCACGGCUUGGCUGGGUCCGGCAAGACGGCAGUGUGUCGGUAUCUCAUCUACCGGUGGCUGAAGGGCGGGACAGGAAUGGACUGCCUCGCAAGAACCGCUCUAGUGCUACUCAUAGAUGUUCGCCGCAUUCGGUCGAGUCGCCUGAAAGAGUUUCUGCUGGACCAGCUGCUGCCUCUAACGUGUGCAGGACUGGACGCAGACCACAUUAUCUCAACCUUGAAGGAGCUUAACGUCCUCUUCCUCAUUGAUGGCUACGACGAGACUAGCCGGGUUUCCUCUGAUCUUGUAGAGGAGAUUUUCGCCAAGUUCCCUGACAAACGAAUCCUCCUGACCACGCGGCCGGAGCUGUACAGGGACGUGGUGUGUCUCGCCCGGCGUCACAACAAAGAACUCGUCUCCCUCCAGAUCCGUGGCUUCGAUGAUCAGAAGCGAGAGGAGUUUUCGGGGAAGAUAUUUAGAUUUUUCAAUACAGAUGAGAUCACAUUCGACCAAGAGUGGAAAGAGUAUUUGAUGUACAGUCGUGGACAGAGUGAAAUCUUGCACCAGUACAUGAACAUGCCCCUCGCGUGUGCCCUGCUGGUGUUCCUGUGGACCCAUGGCUUGGAAACACUGACGGCAACGACGGGUCUCUAUCAGGAGAUAUAUUACAUGCUCCAGGUUAAAUUGGCAGAACGUUUAAGCAAAGAUUUCAUUGGUGUUAGUGACUUGCCGGUCAUUCUAGACAGACUUCUGAUCUGCCUUGGUGAGCAGGCGUGGGCCAUGCUCAGGCAGGGGAGUGCUGUGGCCUCAGAGGAGAUCUGUGAAAGGCUCGAGGCAGAGUGUAAAGGGAAAGGGAUAAAAGCUGUGGAGCUUCUUUCUGGUUUCCACUUGUGUCAUCUGGACGAAGACCUAGAGGUGUGGAAGCUGAAGGUGGCCUUUCAGCACCCGAUUCACGCGAGGUAUCUGGCCGCCACCUACCUUGCGGACUGCAUACAGAAAAACAGAAUGACCGUGGCGAGUAUUGGAGGCCAAGUGGACGAAUGUCCCAAGCUGGAGGAGCUCCUUACCUUCCUGACCGGCCGUCUGGCUGCCAUGAACAUCUUGACAGUGUCGGCGGUAAAUGAUAUAUUUAACAUUAUGAAGAAAGUGCGUGUCGAGCCGACGAAUUUCAACUUUUGGUGGAGUAUGUUUUCCGAAAGUCAAAAUCACCCACAAAUCGGUACAAUUAUUGGAGAGCAAAAACUGCCACACAAAGUCUGGCAGCUGAACCAAAAUAACGUCACAUCGGCGCUGCAGCUGCUGAGUCUGACGCCCGCCAGGAUCAGAGGCCUGACCAUUGAUAUAUCAAGCAUCAUGGAGCCACAUGAUAUUCCGGGCUUCCUCGAUUCUUUGGAAGGUGCCGGCCAGCACAUCAGGAAACGGCAAAGGAAACUCAUUAAGGUUGAACUUUACCUUUGGCGCCAUACAUCUUGCGGUCACGAUAAUACCUCUGGUGACUUUAUAAAGGCCUUGUACCACUGGGGCAACUUGACUAGCUUUGCAGGAGGCAUAGGGAAACAGGCUGAAGUGGAGGACCUAUUGACGGGCUUCACAAAUCUUAAAACGAUUCGAGUGAGAAUUUCAACCUCGGGAGCUUUGAGAGCACUCAGCAACAGCCUGAAGAAGAUCCACAGAAGCGUGAAAAGCCUGAUCGUGACGCUGACCUUGCCGCCUGACUGCCUGCCGGAGGAGCUGUCUGAGCUGAAGCACAACGGGACACUGGAGAUCCACCUCGUGGGCAUGACGGACGCGCGGCGGGAGUGGCUGGUCAACGUCGUAAGGACCGUGAGCGGCAGGUCUGGGUGCUGGAGGCUGCGGCUGGCGGAGUGCCGGAUGAACUACGACGCGCUGGAGUGGGUGGUGCGGGAGCUGCAGGGCCACGUGCGCCACAAGGUGGACAUUGAGUCUGUGACCUGAGCGGCGGCGCCCUGGCCAUGAAGAGGCCGCCGUGAGCUGGUGCCAGGGACACCGUGCGAGCCUUGAUGGCGCCACCUGACAUGAUUUGCUGGUGUCCCGGCUAGCAAAAAAGACUAUCCUGCAUUUGGUGAAACAGUGCACGAUGCUAAAUAAAUGGCAGCGUCUCAACAAACUUUGUAAUACUUUUUGAGAAUAAUGUUUAGAAAAAUC